AUUGUGCUCCUCGAUUUCGGUGCAUCAAGAACCUAUCCCCGAAAGUUUGUGGACGAAUAUCUGAGGGUGAUUAAGGCGGCUGCGGACGGCAAUAAGGAGGCCAUACUGGAACACUCGAGGAAUUUGGGUUUCCUGACUGGCUAUGAGACCAAGGCAGGUUCUAAAUUUUUACUUGUCGGUUUCGCUGUUUUUUGCAGGCAGUCCGCGGUGCUACCCCGUUGGGAAUAUCCAUUCUUUUAUGUUCUGCCUAAGCAGUUCAUUUAUCAUCACGUAGAUGUUGUGUUCCUUGGCCUAAUAAAAUCGCCGCUUGACAUGGUUAUGAUAAGGCCCGACCCAGCUAAACAUCUUAUCCUCGGUGAGGCCUUCGCCUCUAAGAAGCCCUUCGAUUUUGGCAGGCAGUCCACAACUCAGCACAUCACUGAACUCAUUCCUGUCAUGCUGGAACAUCGAUUGACACCUCCGCCCAGCGAGAGCUACUCCCUCCACCGCAAGAUGUCCGGUUGCUUCCUACUCUGCAGUAAGCUGAAGGCGGUUGUCGACUGCAGAAGCAUUUUCCUGCAGAUUGAAAGCGACUAUAAGUAUGGCCAACCGGAUCCACCCUCAAUCGAUUGUCCCUUACCAGCUGCCUCCGUGGUGGCCUAG